AUGUUCUUCUUUAAAGAUUUAUCGUUGAAUAUAACGCUUCAUCCUUCAUAUUUUGGUCCCAGGAUGAGGGAGUACUUGAAAACCAAGUUGCUGCAGGAAGUCGAAGGUACUUGUACGGGUAAGUUUGGGUAUAUUCUAUGUGUACUGGAUUGUGAGAACAUUGAGAUAGAACGUGGGAGAAUUCUACCAACGGACGGGUCCGCAGAGUUCACUGUUAAAUAUAGGGCAGUAGUAUGGAAACCUUUUAAAGGAGAAGUUGUUGAUGGUAUUGUAUCGAGCUGUACGAAUUUAGGUUUUGAGGUGGAUGUUGGACCUCUUAGUGUUUUCGUUUCUCCUUUUCUAAUGCCCGAUGAUUUGACAUUUAACAGUGGUUCAAAUCCCCCUUCGUAUCAAUCGUCUGAACAGAUUAUUACCAAAGGUUCCAGAGUCAGGUUGAAGAUUGUUGGUGCAAGAAGUGAGGUUAAUUCUAUCUACGCCAUUGGUAGUAUCAAAGAAGAUUACUUAGGUGUAAUUUAG